UAUAGAAUUUAGUUUUCAUCAUGUGAAUUUUCACAACCACCAUAUCCAUCUACCCCCACUUCCCCUCUCUCUCUUUCUGUUGAGUUCUUCUUCCUCCUCCUCCCUGAUCCAUGACAGAGCUCAACCAUCUAAGCACAGACCUCAUAGAACUAAUCCUCUCUUUCCUCCCAAUCCCAACCUUAAUCCGUUCUUCCACAGUCUGCAAGCAAUGGCACUCCAUAAUCUCCUCUGUCUCCUUCUCCAACAACCACAACAACAACAAGAAGCCAUGGUUCUUCCUCCAUGGAAUCCAUAACAUCUCCUCAAAGAACAACCAGUCCUUCGCCUUUGACCCAACCUCCAAUUCUUGGUUCCUCUUCCCAACCUUCCCAACCACCUCAACAACAACCAACAACCACCAAAACCAACCUAACAACUCCUUCAUAGGCUCCAAUGGUUUCUUCUUCAUAACCGUCCCCGAAUUCUGUUACACCCGCAUCCUCCGUCCCACCCGCUGGCAUGCCACGUCACCACUCUACUUUUCAAGAAUCAACCCUCUCUUGGGCGUUUUCAAUGACCAUGGCCCACACCCCAAGUUCAUUGUCGUUGGCGGAGUCAAGUUCAUCGGAAACCUUGUUGACAUUGAAGACCGUUUGGACGUUGAGAUUUACGACCCGGUUCAGGGGACAUGGGAGCUUAGUCCUCCUCUACCUGCAGAUUUCAGAUCUGGAAACUCUUCUUCUUCAUUGUCCUCCGCCAUGUUCAAAGGGAGAUUCUAUGUCUAUGGGAUAUAUUCUUGUUUUGUUGCUUCCUUCGAUCUCAAGCAACGGAUUUGGAGUGAUGUUCAGACGCUUAGGCCUCACCUGGGCGUCGCUUUCUGCUUCUUGAUUCCAUGUAGCAAACAUCUCCUUCUUGCUGGCGUUUGCAAUUCCCCGCAAGGAGGGUGUUCCUUUAACCUCUGGAAGGUCGACGAGGGAACCAUGGAGGUCUCUGAGAUUGGGGCAAUGCCGCGUGAACUGCUCUAUGCCUUGUUUGAUGGCGACGAGGACGACGAGUUCGCGAGCCUCAAGUGUGUAGGGUUGGAUGAUCUUGUAUAUGUUUUCAAUGAGGAUUAUCACAGUGUUUAUCCUUCUUGUGUUUGUGAGAUUGACGCUGAUUCUGGGAGAUGUAGCUGGAGGAGGGUGCCUCAAUUGCCAUCUCCGGUGAACAAGUUUCAUAAAGUUAUUAGUUUUUGUUCUACUCUUUCUCUGCAUAGUAUUCUUGGUGAUGAAGAUGAACAUCUUCAAAUUCAAUAGGUGAUACUCUGUUUGGCACUAUCAUAAUUUGGGGCAAUUUCUUGUUGAAUGUUUAGCCUUUUGUUGUUGUGUUCUGUUUUAAUAGUAAGGAAUUGGCAUAGUACACUUGUUAAGGAGACAAGAAACGAAAACUUUUCAAAUUUUUCAUGUUUUCUUUGGUUGUCUGCUUAAGAAGUAUUCUUUGCAAGUUCUUACAUAAGUCUAAGACGUGAAUUUGUUCUGUAAAAUAAUCUGUUUUCUCGAUCACCAUUUUUUUAGUGCUGCUUCUGUUUUACAAUUAUUUGUGAUUAUGAAUAAACACAGUCACAACUAUUUGCCUGAAA